UCAACACGACGCGUCAAAAUAAUGUAUCUUUCGUAAUUGUUGUGUGUAAUAUGUAGUGUUUUCUGUGUUUACCAGUGAUAUUUAAAUAUUCACUCUAUUUAUUAACGAUAUAGCCUUCCAAUAUUCGCUAGUACCCAUGAAUUUGGGUCUCUUCAAUAGGGUUAAUUUAAAAGAAAAUAAGGAAGACAAGGGAAUGUAUUCCGAAUGGACUUCUCUCAGCAGAUUAGUGCAAAAUUUUGGCACAAUCGACCACAGUGUCUUGGAUAGGUUCGAGCCGUCGGUUAGUCGGGAUGCGACCCUGAACAUAGUCAAAUUGCUGGCCAGCAAUCUAGGUUUAACGCAGGCAGCAGAACCGAGCAAAUUAGUAUCUAAUAAAGAAGUGCAAUGGUGCAUGGAGGUAAUAUGCUAUGGGUUAUCAUUACCAUUAUCGGAGCACGAAGUCAUCAAGGACUGCGUGAACAUCUAUCGCGAAUGGUUCUCGGCGUUGCUACCGAUCCCCAAGGUUUGCGUGCCGAAACCGAUCUGCGACGAUCCAAACACCUACGCCAGGAAGAUGAUUCUACACUUUCAUUACCUAUUCAUUCCGAGGAAGGGCGAAGAUUGGCCUUUUUUAUAUCAGGAUAAUCUGGGUAUUGAUAAGAUUAAUAGGCAGGCAGUGUUGUGCCAUCGGGUGCUGAGAACUUUACAGCAGAUAGCGCACGAAUCCAAGUCCAUGGAUCAAUCCACGUGGGAAGCCUUGCUGCUCUUCCUUCUGGCAAUAAACGAUACGCUGCUCUCGCCGCCGACGGUCAAAGAUGACGUCGCCGAUCAACUUUGCGAACGGAUUCUAAGCGUGCUCUUUGAAAUCUGGCUGUUGGCUUGCGCGAACAACUUUCCAACUCCACCGCUGUGGAAGACUUUGAGGGAGAACUGUCUGAACUGGAGACACAGGGUAGCCCUGGUGGAACAGUGGAAUCGCAUCAACCUUGCGCUGACUUCGAAACUGCUGGGUUUCAUGUACGGACCGAAUUUUCCUGAACUGAAAAUAAGCGAUGAUGACAUCAUUCCAUCUGGUAUGACGAACGAUUGCAUCGCCCAGAGUUGGUAUAGAUUUCUGAACACAAUCGGGAAUCCGGUGAACCUGACCAAACCGGAAGUCAUCAGUCAGACGCAGAAAUUCUUGCAAUUCGCCAUCAGCGGAACGCAAGGCGUCGUUGAUCCAUGCCAACAUCCGUCUUUGCAAGCACUUCCGUUAAUUUUUUCGAAGGCUAUGAAAGGAAUCGCCAGUCAGGUUGAUGCCUUUUUAGGGAUAGCGCAAGUCUGGGAACCUCCUAUUACUGAAAGGUUUAACGAUAACGUCACAUCGUCGCCGACUCCUCCCACGCAACGUCGUUUAGCGAAGAGUUUCAGUGUAGCUCCCUCCAGUUCUAAAGCUGCCGCUUCUAGGAGUUCUCUCAUCGGUUCACUUAAUAUCCGUGCAACAACCUCUUCUGUCACCAGUUCAGGACCAUCAUCAACGUCUAGUUUACCAUCUUUGACUUCGAUUGGCAAUGAACAACGCAUACAGCUAUCACCAGAUAGACCAACGUGUAAUAGCAUCUUACAUUUAUUCGGAGAAUGGCUUUUCCAAGCGGCUUUCGUCGGAUCCGAUUUAACGGACAAGAACGCCAACGAAAGUGGCAAACGGCCCAAUUCAAUCAUAAUCGAUAAUACAAAGACUUCUCUAAAUCUCAACUAUUCGCAACCCAUGGAAUCGAUGAACGAAAUGCUUGACAUCCCGUCGAAUCUGUCCAUCGAUAAGUACAAUAGCGGUAAAGCAGAGGCCAUGGGAACCCUAUGUAGAAUAAUGUGCUCGAAAAAGACCGGAGAAAAGAUAUUCCCCUUGUAUUUGGCUCGUUUUUAUCUGGCCGUGCAGCAAGGUUUAGCCGUCCCGGCGAGCAAGGAGUGCGGUGAAACCAUAGUCGCAAUCCUUCUUCAUUCCGCGGAUCUCUUCAGAUUAGACCUGGACGGUGUCAUGAUCUUGAUUCCGGCCUUCAUCGGAGCAUUGGAACUGGUCCUUCCCGAUAAAGACCUGAAUUUAACCCAGGGAAUCGCCAAGAUCGAUCUCCGGAAAUCUUCCGUGCAAAUACUAUUAUCCAUUCUAGCUCUUCCGCUACACUUUCAGAAUAUUACAAUUAAAACACUGAUUAACACAAAUAAUAAGGAAAAACCAGUGACUUUCGGACAAUUGAAACCGAGGAUAAUGAACCUUGUUAUAAACGCUUUACAGGUGGAGACUGAUCCGCAGAACACGCACAUGCUGCUCGGCGGUUUGUUUUUGUGCGUUCAGGAUUCGGAGAUUUACGAGAAGAUCGAACAAGUGACCCAACCAUCCGCAGAAUCUUCAUCGAAUCUCCUCAGUUCCGUGUCGGACACAUCAAGUACCAAAAGCAGCUCAUAUUCAGAUCACUUACUAAGUCCUGACUUGGAAAUUCAAGCAACAGACUCGGCACAUGCUCUCUUCGUUCGCGCCACGUACCUCGUGUGUCAUCGGCUCAUUUCUUCUUGGAAGACAGACCUGAACGUCUCUCUGGCAGCAUUGGAACUUCUAUCAGGAUUAGCCAGAAUCCAUAUCAGAGAAUCAGAUGCUUUGGAGUGCAAGAGAGCAGUGAGAUGGCUGUGCGAUUACAUCGAACAUCAAUGCUCGAGACCACCGCCUUCCCAUUCAAAAGAUCUGCAUUCGACCAUUGUUGCUGCAUUCCAAUGUUGUUCCAUUUGGCUCUUGGAACACUCGUAUUUGCUUAAAGAUAAAGAGUGUUUACAAACGGUUCUUGAGGUAGCCGAAUUGGGAAUUUCCGGGUCGAAAUCUAUUAAGAAACGCAGCGAAAAGAUCAUGAUGAAAGAGGAUAAGGACCUUAAGCCGGCUUCGAUGAGAGUUCGAGAUGCAGCCGAGAAUUUGCUCACGUACAUUUUGGAACAAGUCGGCUAUUUUCCGAACGAGUGCGGUCCGGAAUCCAUAAGUUCAUUAUUGGAUGAAGCCUCUCUUCUCCAACAUUGCAAUUCUUGGCCGAACGAUUGCAACAGUCAAGAAAAGACGGUGGAGAGGUUCCGAUACUUCGUUGCUGAAGGUUCCAUCAUUUUGGCGUUGCUAGAAGAACCACUUGGAAAUGAUCAGGAUCCUCAACCAACUAUAACUCUUUUAAUCAGAGGACCAUUCGGAAGACAUGCUUGGACCAUGCAACUGCGACAUCUGCCCAGGCACAAAUCCGGCACGAAAUAUCAUGCCCCAAAUAUGGGAAGACCCGUGGUUAUGGAAGAUAUACCACCUAAGCACGAAUCCAAGCACAAGUACUUCCCCGACACCACCGAAUUAGUACCGAAGUGUAAAGUUGAUCAAUCGAUUCCUAAUUUGGAUGCAAUUUUACUGGGGGAUGAGACUGCAACUGAAGAGAUCAACCAAAUACGCGACUAUUUCGAAUCCAGUGCGAACGCGGAAGAAAAAUUAUCGCAGGAUCAAUCCGCUCCAGCCGAAUGCACAAUACCAUCGAUAGUCCACGAAUUUCAAACGUCGCGUCUCUUUCUUUCCCAUUUUGGUCUGUUGCACUUCGAAGAUAAUCUACAGGAAGAUUUCGGAAUGUCUCUGAUUGCCAUCGACAACACUUCUUCGGAUUUUUGUAAAGACCUCCAGUUGCUGGAUAACAUGAGCCCAAGAACUUGUGACACGGUACACCUAUUUUACGUGAAGUCUCAGCAAACCAGUUUACAAGACAUCAUUGCUAACGUGACGAACGAUUCGAAUCUAUCUCCGUACUUUAUCAAGUUCAUCAUGUCCUUAGGUUGGACUGUCAAUGUUAACAAGCAUCCAGGAUGGACUGGACAUGCAUCCACUAGUUGGAACGUGACUAAUGAGGCUAACGCAACCACAACAAAUGCGGGACAAUUGUACGAUCUUCAGAAUCAGGUUAUAUAUUGGGCGGAUUCCUUCUCGGAAAUUGCCUUUGUCAUCCCUCAUCAGAUCAAAUUGCCCAGCAAUUCUCAAGAGGAUGCGAUGCUCAACACGGCUAGCUUAUCAAAUUGGUUUGAGAGGAAUCUUUCAGACAGCAAUGACAAGAGCAGGGAGAAAAGGAUACUGUCUUUGGAUCUGGACAAGCAGUCGGUUCCUUUGAGACGGCCUGCUGUUAAAUGCAAUUUGCAUCCGCACACCAACACGAAGAUCAUGGUCGUAUGGCUUGAGAGUUACGAGGAUUAUAUGAAACUACCAUUGGACGAUAUGGUUCAAUGUAUGAACACUGGAUUGGAGACUGGUCAAACCAGAGUAUCUGAUAUAUUAGUGAUCAGUCUCUACCUGAUGGCUACAGGCUUAAUCAGAGUGCAUCUGCGUGGUCCAACCAGUCGCGUGGGACUGGCGUGUCCAUUGAUCGAUGGAAUGGUUGUGAGUAGAAGAGCACUUGCUCCUCUGGUGCGACAAACUGCUUUAAAUAUGUCUAGAAGAAGACGACUUGACUCUGAUAGUUACCAACCACCACACGUCAGGAGGCGAUUGAAAGUGCAAGAGAUUGUGCACAAGUAUAAGAAAGAGAUGAGCUCUCCAGAGUUACUUACGUAUUUAUUCACCAAUCCUUAAGGAAGCUUCAAUAAUAUGGUAACAAAUUAUACUACUAUCUGUAUUAUAAAUAUUGUUUAUAUUUGCUUCUGCAGAAGUAUUAUUCAUGUACGUACUAAAACUUUUAAUUCCUA